AUGAAUAACGCACUGGUAAACGGUGGUUGUUUCGUUCGAUUAUCAAUUUUGGAUAAUAUUGCUUCAUUUUGGGAACUGAAUCCAAAGACAAAUCGAAUUCGUGUUAUUGCACCAAAGACCAAAGCAGAACCAUAUCCCGAUUAUGAGACCGACGAGGACGCGAGCGCCCGCACUAUCGCCGGUGUAUGCAACAGAGAAAUUCCUUACGGAAGUGAUCGAGCAACGAGAAAAAGCAGAAAAAGAAGCUUAUCGGAAAGCGAAAGCGAAGGAGAAAGCGAUGGAGAAAGCGAAGCAGAAAUUGACCAAUUCUCAAACUCGGAAGACGAGGAAGAAUUCAAAAUCAAAAAACUCGAGCAAGAGGCAAAAACUCGACGACAAAAACUCCAAGCGCGAUCUAAGCGUAGUAAGCUUUCAAGAAAGCCCGUUACUCGAGCAACAAGCGCCCGAAGAGAUGCGCGACGCGUCAAAAUUCGUAAACGACGGGGAGCCGACGCCGAUUCAGCAAGUCCAGUUGUCAAAUCAAAGCGAUCUGGCCGUGUGGAAAGAUCAAAUUUCGCGGAACCUGAACCAGUUACGAAAAAUCCCCGUAAACCACUCCUUCGCCCAAGUCGCCUCAAAGAGUAUCCUAUCACCAGCAAUGAUUACCGAAAAUGGAGGAGUGCAAUUUCUAACGCAAGUAAUCGGAACUCGAAACGAAAAAGGGCAAUUGAGUUUUCCGAUUCAAUUGCAAGUGACGAAGACAUCUCCGAGGCGGAAUCUAUUGCCAAUAGCGUCAAAUCGAAUUCAAGAGUUGCCCGAAUCAACGGAAGACGCCGCAUCAGAGAGCAAACGCCAUUUUACAACAACGCUUAUGACGACGCCGACGUCGACCCUAACGAAGACGGCGGGUACGAGAGUGAACGCAUUUCAAAGCGAUCAAAGCGAAAGAGAACCGCUGGACGUGUCACUACCGUUCGAGACGCAAAAUCGCGAAAACUCGCUAAUAAACCCAAAUCGUCUAGUAAGAACACCGUCUCUCCAACUUCAAGCGCAAUCAAAAAAUCCCACUAUUAUGACCCAGACGGGAUUGAAUCUCGAUCAGAUGAGGAGUCCGAUGACGAUCGACUCUACAUUGACGAGAAUGAAUCAAUCGGCGGCGACGGAGGCCCCAGCGGCGGAAGAGGAAGUGGGGGAGCAGACAUCGACAACUUCUGGGGUUAA